ACGAGAUGGACGCUCAGGACUGCGAGGCGCCCGCGGCGCCCGAGGCCCCCAUUCGCGGCUACGUGGCCGCCUGGUGGGACAUGGUGGAGCGGAACCUGCGAUCCAUACCACACGCCUGUGCAAAGCUGGGAAGAAAAAUCGCUGCUCUGUACAACCGCUUUACUAGCAGGUCCCUAAAAGAACACAUUUUCCUUCCGUUGGUGGACAUGCUAAUUUAUCUUAAUGUUUUCAAAUUUCCAUUGCUUGUGGAUUUUAAGAAACCAGAGACAAAGAUUCCUCACACAGUGAACUUCUACAUCAGAUCUGAGCCUAAGGUGCUGCUGGGAAUCUGGCACACGGUGCCCAGCUGCCGGGGGGAAGAGGCCAGUGGGAAGGACCGUUGCUGGUAUGAAGCAGCCCUUCACGACGGGAACCCAAUUAUUAUUUACCUGCACGGCAGCGCACAACACAGGGCAGCUUCUCACAGACUUAACCUGGUGAAGGUGCUGAGUGAUGGUGGCUUUCAUGUCUUGUCUGUUGACUACAGAGGGUUUGGAGACUCUACGGGCAAGCCCACAGAGAAGGGGCUGACUGUGGAUGCUAUUAGUGUCUACGAGUGGGCCAAGGCAAGAAGUGGCACCACCCCUGUGUGUCUCUGGGGCCACUCUCUGGGUACAGGAGUUGCAACAAAUGCGGCAAGAGUAUUAGAAGACAAAGGAUGUCCAGUUGAUGCUAUUGUCUUGGAAGCUCCAUUUACCAACAUGUGGGAGGCAACUAUUAAUUAUCCCAUGUUAAAGAUUUACCGGAAUCUCCCAGGAUUUCUACGCAUGCUAAUGGACACCAUGAAAAAAGACAAAAUAGUCUUUCCCAAUGAUGAAAAUGUUAAAUUCCUGUCUUCUCCCCUUCUCAUCCUACAUGGAGAGGACGACAGGACAGUGUCUUUGGAGUAUGGAAAAAAGGUCUAUGAAAUUGCACACAAUGCAUACAGGAACAAAGAGAGGGUCAAGAUGGUUAUUUUUCCUCCUGGCUUCCGACACAACCUCCUGUGUAAAAGCCCUGCACUACUGGUAACCGUGAGAGAAUUCCUGAGCAAACAGUGGGCAUGAAGUCUGAGAGCAGUGGAAAUCUCCAGUGAAGACUUGGUCUAAACACCACCAUCAUGUGUACUUUUUUUAAGAUGUAAAAUUGUACGGGGCUGCUUGGGUGAGCAGAAGCCGUUGGCAUUUCUGUAAGUCACUUGCCACUUUAAUAAAGAAAACAUGGAUGCUGGGCAGUAUGGAAUGUUCUCAUGUAGCUCUUCAUAAUCCAGCUUUGUGAAACAUGAUGAAAUUUCAUUGUAGAGAAUCAGAAUUUGGUAAAAUUUUUAUCCUACCUAAAAAUGUGUAGUUGU